GGACGCCAAGAGCGGCCUACUCCUGCGCACGCUCCAGGGCCACUCCAAGACUGUGCUCUGCCUCAAGGUGGUGAAUGAGCUGGUGUUCAGUAGCUCGAGUGACGCCUCUGUCCAUGCACACAACAUACACGGGAGCUGAUGAGGAUCUACAAAGGCCACGGACACGCCGUCACCUCCAUCGUGAUCCUCGGAAAUGUCAUGGUCACCGCCUGCCUGGACAAACUGGUGCGAGUCUACGAACUACAGUCUCAUGACCGACUGCAAGUGUACGGGGGCCACAGUGACAUGGUGAUGUGUAUGGCCGUUCACAAGAGCGUGAUGUACGCCGGCUGCUACGACGGCUCUGUCCACGCCACCAGACUUAACCUCACUGUCAACUUCCGCUGUUGGUGGCAGAACUGUGGCCUGAUCUUUGGUGUGGCGGAGCAUCUCGUUGACCAUUUAGUGAGUGACCACAGCAGCCCCAACCUGCAGACAUUCAAGUGCAGGUGGAGGGACUGCUCUGCCUUCUUCUCCUCACAGAGCGCAGUGAGACAGGGGCUUCCGGCCCAUAUGAAAAGCCACGUGGAGACGGACAGUGAACUGUGACGUUCCUUCACAUCAGGAUAGUCUGCUGUGCCUUGUUCCAGACUCUAGGCUUAUUAAUCAUUUGUUCAUUCAACAGUUUACAACUUUCAAAACAAUGUUACUCUUUGCUGAAUGUUAUUCUUUGUUUGUUGUCACCAACAUUUCAACAGCAUACUUUACCAGGGAUGCACCGAUACCGAUCAGUGUGUGUCGAUACCACUAUAAAGUGUGGCCAUGGUAAAGUAAGAGGACUAUACUCCAAAAUCCCUUUGUACAAAUGAUAAGUACUCAAAAUGAAAUACUGGUUUUGUAAAGUGGCAUCAGUGCUCCCCUGUAUAUUACAGUCUCACACUAAAUGGGUCAGGUAUAGAACGUGUGCAAAUACACAUGAUUUGUUUUCAUUGUUUUUUUCCCAUUUUUGUGUACAGUUGUACAGCAAUUAAAAUACAUCUUCUA